AUUCCCUAUCAUGUCCGGAACACGUUCGCGAAAAGGCUGCGCGACCUGCCGAGAAAGACGGCAAAAAUGCGACGAGACGAAACCGACAUGCGUCAACUGUCGAUCGCGCGGCAUCGAAUGCGGUGGAUAUGCAAUCCGGCUGACGGAUUUCAAUCACUACGAGGGAUACGAUGGCCAGAUGGUCUGCAAGAUGAUUCGGGGGGAGGACAGUGCUGGCAGGCCUCCACGACCGCGUCUUAGGGCGAAACGCCGCAAGGUGCGUCCUGCGGUUUUUGAGGUGGAUCCCGAUGUUCGCACGCAGAGGAAUCCACGGUUGUCAGACUGCAAUCACCCCGGACGCUCGCCCCCUGCAUCGCAACCACAACCGCCGCCGGAGGAAGCCCUCGAAAGCCCAGUAGACAACGACCCAUUUUCAUGGAUGAAGACGCCCGAUGACACCAAUACAGCUGGACAUCGUCGCGGGUCGCAGACGGCAUCAGACAGCUCGCCACAAGGGGCAGGAGAGGAUCCAUUCUUGUGGCCCGAUUUACCCACCCCUAUUUCCAGCGAUUUUCUAUUUUCUCGCCCUGAUGAUCUGUCAAUGGAUAUUUCGUGUCCGUCAUCUUUACCGGGACUGCUAUCGCCCACUCUAUGGCCUGAUAAUCUAGCCCUGGGUUUGUCACCUUUGCCGGGGUUGAGCGCCAUCUUUGAUGAACCUCAGGAGGGCACUGUGCGCCCUGCGGAGAGGGUCAAGACCGCGUUAGGUGCGGUGGACUUGUGUAGCGCCUCUCCUCAUAAAGGCGCAGAUCAGCACGUUGGAGGUCUCUUGUCGGAGGUUGAUGAUCGAUGUGUAUUCACUUCGACGCCGAAUGAUCCGGGGGUGUUUGAGAAUUAUCUCUUCAAACAUUUCGUUGACGUCCUCGCCCCCUCGCUAUACCCCCUAGACCCAGACCGCAACCCCUACACCGUCGUCUACGCGACAUUAGCAGGGACCUCCCAAGCCCUAUACAACGCGAUCCUCUCCGCAUCGGCAAAUCAUCUAGUGACUCUCGGACAACUCCCUAUAUGGGCAGUGGGACCCUACCGGCAAGCGAUGCAGGACUCGUUUCGCCGGGCUGUCGGGUCCGGCACCGUGUGUCGCUCGACGGCCGCUGCAGUGCUUCUCUGCAUUGCGGCUGAGGUCAUUGGGUCGGGAAUGGGCGCCUGGAGCGUCAAGCUGGGCGGGGCGCACCGGCUUCUUGCGAAUGCGACGAAAGGCGAUGGGAUCCCGUCUGAUAGCAAGUUUCUCUGGCUGCAGUAUACAUGGAUGUCGGCUAUUGGGCGUACGCUGUGGAUUCCCAAGUCCUCGCCAAUGCAGUUAGCUGAUAUCCAACCUCCGGAGCAUGACCUCGAUCUUCAACUGGCGCAAGAGCAAAAGCACUGGUACGGCAACAUGCCAGACUACGCCAUGGUGCACUUCCUCCGCAAAGCCAGCACUAUCGCCCACCAACUCAGCCAAGUCCCAUCAUACGCCAACCCCAUUCAAGCAACGCAGCGUCUCACCCCUUAUAUAGCCGACCUUCUCAACGAGGUGCGAAACUGGCAUCCACAGCCCUCCUCCUCAACCAUAGACCCCUACGCCAACUGCGCAGCCGAGGUCGGUGAGAUCUGGCGACAGGGGUUACUAUGCUACAUCUAUGCCGAGCUGUGCUCCCUGCCCAGCAGCGAUGCCCGCAUUCAGGAGGGCGUAGCGGCCGCGUUGGCUGCUAUUCAAAAACUUAGCUGGAUGCAGUCUGUUCUGUGGCCGGUCUUUAUGAUCGGGUUGCAUGCGCUUGGGGAGGAGGACCGUGGGGUGGUUGAGAGGGGACUGUUGGCGAUGAAUGCGGCGCUGAAGUUUAAGACGCCGCUUUCCUUGGUGGGGAUCUUGAGGAGGGUUUGGGAUGGGGACAUUGGGGAUUGGAGGGGUUUGGUUUCGAGGGAGGGGAUGGAGUUGAAUAUUUUGCUUUGA